UCUGUGGGUUUUUUUCUUCCAGAAUUCUUCUGAGAGCAACUGUGCAAAAAGCCUCUUGAUGUCUGAUAGGGUACAAGUAGUUGUGAUCCUUUCGCAGUUCUUUAACAGUACUUGGGAGAAGGCCAACUGUGCAAGUUGUAUGAAAAACAACAGUGAAGGGCUAUCAAAUAGUACAGUGGAGUUCUUGGACUUAUUCAAUGCAACACUGAGCUGCUUUGAACAUAACUUCCAGGGGCAAGCAACCCAUCUUGUACCAAGCAACCGCACUGAAGUAUGCAGAAAUUGCAAUGUAACAUACAAAAAUCUGAAUGCCUUGUAUAACAACAUGCAAAAAAUGACUGGAUUGGGCAGCCACUCCGAACACAGAACGCAAUUAUGUAUUGAUGUGGAAGAUGCAAUGAACAUUACACGAAGGCUUUGGAGUAGAACUUUCAACUGUUCUGUCCCGUGCAGUGAUACAGUCCCAGUGAUUGCAAUUUCUUCAUUCAUUCUCUUUUUACCAGUCAUUUUUUACCUUAGCAGCUUCCUUCACUCAAAGCAGAAGAAACGUAUCCUCAUCCUGCCUAAGCGUAUCCAAUCAAGUGCCAGUCUUGUGAACAUCCAAGAAAAAUACAGCUGAGCUGCAAAACAAAACCAGAAAACUGCAACUGGGUAUAUAUUGGGUACAAUAGUGGUAGAAGGAGGACAGCACAAAAGAGGAGUUAAUUAUGGUUUAGUGUUGCUCUGUAUCAUUAUACAAGCUAAACAAAUGCUGUCUGACUCCAAAACGGGUAUAUUAACAAACAUGACAAGACAAGACUACGAGGCUCAGUACGGACUUCUUACUUGAAAAAGAACGUAGUGCUUUCCAGACUAGUGCUGAAGCAUGUUAUUUUCUGAUUCUUUGACUGCAGGUUUUUGUACCUUUCACCAACAGAAUAUAUACUUUUCCUGUAUAUGUUUUUUCCUUUAUAUGUAAUUUUAUGUAUUGACACCAUAAAACUCUAGUAUGACACUUGUGUUCAUUUGCAGGCAUGUUAAUGCAGUCUGAGAUUUGAUCAUCUUUCUGAUGUGGUUCUUAUGAACUAACAGAACUUAAUAUAAUUUGUUUUGGUUUAAUUCAGUAAUAGAAUUAGAACAUUUCAAAGUAAAAAUGCCAUCUUACUACAUUUGGGUAGAUUUAUACUGCAGGUUUCAAAAACUCAUCCUGGUACAUAGCAUCUCUUGACAGACAGAACCAUGUUGCUUAGUUCAUUUUAGUGGUGCUGGUUUUUUUUUAAAGGUGAGAGAUGCAAGGAAAGUGGUACGUUUCUGGCAACAAUUACAGCAGGUCUGCCAGUGUUAGACAUUAAGACCAAUCAUUGACAACUACUGUAUUCAGCAAUUUCAGAAAUGUUUGUUCUGUAUUAGCAUAUAUUUGAGCACUUGCACACCUAAACCACUAAGUCAUUGCUUUUCAGAUAGUUAAAGGCUUCUUUUUAGGUCUGAUGCAUAUCCCUAUAUAUAGCCACAUGUGUUUGUCUCUUACUUCGCUUACCUAUUUAUUUUCCUUUUAUAUACAUACACAUACACACCCACCCAC